AUGCUGCUCAAUCGGUGGAGAGAACUCGGCCAGGAACGCAACGGCGAGUCCUCCACUGGUCCUUCCUCGUCACGGGUCGCGUCGAAGGCACCUCCAUUCUUCCCAGUGGCCGGUUACGACAGCGACAUGGACAUCAUCGACUCUAACAGCGACGAGGUGCCCAGUGAGAACCCUAGGCUUAGUGUCAACAAAUCCAAUGGCCACAUCUCAAUUGUCCCCGGCUCGACCUCCACACUCUCUCGCCGCCCGAUCGAAAUCGGUGACGGGGUCAGCUCUGGCAGACCUCAUGCAUCGGUCACGUUCGAUCAGCCACCCCAGAACGUGCUUCCAUCUCCCGUGGUGACUGAGCAGGGCGAGGAGGCGGACGAUGAGCUGCCUUUAGUCUUCCUCGGUCUCACCUUCGGUAUCAUCCCAUCGCAAUGGUACCCGAAAUCACUCUCCAAGUGGCAUUCAGGAGCUCUUGGAGGCCGCUUUAUCACUCCUCCGACCGAAAGCGUCCCCGAUCUCGUUCUGCUGCCUUUGAGCGAUGAACGUAGUGACCUUGCCACCCCGGUGGAGGCAGAUGUUCCAGAACAUUGGCAAUGCCCGAUUGCCGUCACGAGCUGGAUCACUCAAUGCGUCAUGGCGGGCAAACUCUUCGAGCUGGACAACCCCGAGGUCCCCAUUCUCGGUCUUGAUCCCCUCACUGUUCGCGUUCUGGAGCGCAUGGCAGAUGCCAACAGCAAUGCGAACCUACUUCAAGGCCUCUCCGCUCAGAUUGCCCGAAUGGGAGAAUCAAUGGCAUCCCAGAGCGCUGCAGUCAACGCGUUCGCCGAUGGACAAGGAGCGCUGCAUUCCCAAAUGAGGCAGAUGGCUGCCGCGAUUAACACUCUGACGGAGCAACUGCAUCGUUCGCAUCAAGCCACAUCUCUCCGGAUCGAUCACUUGUCGGGAUUAAUCCAGCAUAGGGGCCGGCAGUCCCAAGCCCGGGAUUUCCACGAAAGCAGCUCGAAGAUAUAUGCUGCUGUGACGGACGAAGCCAGGCGAGCUUCCCACAGCUAUCGCCGCGAGGCGUUUGUCCCAUCAGCAUCCGACAGGGUUGGAGCUGCACAGCGGCCGUCUCUGCACUUUUCAUCCCCGAUGGCUGUGCCCCAGAGCUUUGUGUCUCCUGUGAACGGAGUAGGAGUUAGAACGUCGACUCUAACUUCGAGGGCAGGACCUCUGCCAUCACCACCUGACCAUGACACUGUCGUCAGCCUCCCUGACACUCCGUCGAAUGGCCAUCAUCCUCCAUCAUCGCAACGCAAAGACCUCGUUCAACCGAGCGCCAAUGGCGCUAAUCACAUGAGCGUGUCUUGCAGCUCGAGAUCCGGCGACGAAAGCAGUAGUAGGGAUACUGGCCGCUCGGAGAGGGCUACUGCGGCGUACCUCAACGUAGCUGGCGUGGCAGCAUCGAACCCCCCCGCGGCGAACACACGCGACUCGUCCGAAGCCGCGACCGUUUCUCAACUCGGUCCUCUCGCAACAAUCUCCCCCUCGGAACUACAGUCCCUCCUUCGCAAUGUGUUCUCAGAGGCUCCUCAAAAGGACCACGAAGUCUUCUGGCGCAGAGCACGAAGCAUCUACAUCGAGCACCUAGGCCAGCGCGCUCCUCCGCGCGUCUCCAUUACCCACGUCUCGCAGGCUCAAGCGGUCCUCCCCAAUCGCUACCUCUACGGCAAGAUUAUCUUUGUGUCGACUGUUCCGGGCGAAGAUGCUCUUGCCAUUCUAUUUGACAUGCAGGAGAAGGAGGUCGUCAUCUACGACACGAUUGAUCGCUACCGCAACAACUUGUUUACCUUUGGCAAGGAGAAAACCCUUCGGUCUCAAAGAUGCCGCGUGCUCGUCGCGCAAACCGAAAGGGAGGACUCCUUCCCUCUCGUGUGCCUCGCCACGAAGAUCUUUGCGAGUAGAGAUCGCAAGUCUUUCCGUGACCUGUUCCCACCGCACGUCGUUGUCGCCAAGAAGAACAUCAAGAACCCGAUCCCGCCCCGCCGCCAGGCCAAGGCCGACUACUACUGGCGUCUUGUGCGCCCACGCGUCGUCCAACAUCUCGUCAAGGAGCUCUCAGCCGUGCUGCUCACACGCUACCGCCACGAGGAAACGUACUGGGUUAACGUCCCCAAGUGCUCUGAGUGGGUCGAGGGUCUUACGCGGUUCGAAGACUCGGAAGAGGCCAAGGAACUCCCCGAUGGCAGGUUCAAAGUCGAGGACGGCAGCCGCCCACUCUCGCGUGACAAGAAGGAGGGAGGCCCUAGUGCCAUGCCCUCUGACUCGACCCCGCAGAAUGGCCGAGUGGAGGAACCUGCGACAUCGGAGUCGCAGAGCUGCGCCCGUCGGGCUGCUGAUGAGCCGGAAGAGCCCGAGCGUCAUGGACGAGAUGCACCUGCGCACACAGGACACCCCGAGAAUGAUCUUCCCUCUGAGUACUCCCAAGCUCGAGAGAUCGACUCCGACAGGCAACAACAGAAGCGCCCGGCCGAAGCGGAGCCGGUCGAAGAUCCCGCGACCAAGAAGCAGCGCGUCGUGGACUCCGCACAGAACAUGCCCAGCCAGCAGGAUGGACAGUCGCAGGCAAUUCCCAGCCCUUCAGAUAAUCAGUAG